GCGAGCGGUCACCCUUCCAGCCGCCUAUUCCAUCGAAUUACAGGGUACAUGCAGCUCAAAUACUUGAAACAAGUGAUUUUUAGUUAUACUGUGCAACUUUUGCUUACGCGAAAUCGACAGCGUGGUGAACUAAUCGAUAUGCUGUUCAAAUUAUGUUUCCAUGAGCGUAAUGAGUUGUGCGUUGACACAUUGAAAGAGCUAUGCUCUUUGAAAUAUAUGCAUCGCGAUUUGAAGAUGAAACUCAUUGAGCAGCUGAACGAAUGCACUUUGCCAACACCUCCUCCACAUUUUGUUAGCUAUAGCGUGAGUUUUUUUGUCCUUCUUUGGAUAGGUUCUGACAAAUUUAACGAGGCUAUCUAUCGCAGUGGUAUAUAUCUCUAUCUCGCAAUCCUUCCCUUGGAUACCUCAUUACUUUUUCCGUUAGCCGAAGCUUAUACGAAAUCAUCAACACUUCUCAAGAAGAUAAUGCUGAGAUCUAUCGAAACCGCCAUAAAAGCUAUCGGAAUGGACAACCAGGACAUGCUGCAUUUGCUGGAAGAGUGUCCCGUUGGAGCAGAAUCUUUUGUGGCACGAGUAGUGCAUCUGUUGACCGAAAGACAAACCGCAACUAGAGAAGUGGUGUCGCGAAUGAAGAAGCUUCACGAAUCACGAAACACCGACGUUCGCUCGCUGAUUCCUGUCAUCAAUGGUCUAGAACGGGAAGACAUCAUCAGAAUUUUGCCUUUGUUUAUAUUGAAGCCCGCUUACCAGAAUUCUGUAGGACUUGUGUUCAAGAAGUUGCUCACUGGAAAAAGUAAGAACUUAUAUCCUUUUGCUCCUGAGCUGAUCUACGAAUAUCACAAAGUUCAGCCAUCUAUGUCUCUAUAUCUCUUUUUGCUCAAGGAAGCGGUGGCUGAUGGAAUAGAGCGGCUCAUGGAUCUUAAUCCGCUUCCAGCACUAUUCUACUGCACCCUUUAUCCCUCUCUGGACAGUUUUCUUGGAAAUAUCGUUCAAAAAGUAAUAGCCAAGGAUCUUUCCUCGCGUGAUGAAAUUACGCGCAAGGCCUUCUAUAGAGCUCUCAAUAGCCUAAAAACUGUUGCUUAUUCUGUAAGUUCCAUACCUAUGUGUAUAAGUGUCCACAAAGAUGAAAAGAAGGAUAAAGCUAAGGAUGAGAAAGAACACAAAGAGGAUAAGGAGAGAGAGCGGAUACGACUGGACCGACGAGAUCGCGAAAGGGUGAGCAAUUUUUGGGUCUUUCUAUCUGGGAUUUUUCUAGAAGUUAGUAACUCGUACCUUUUAUACAUAUCAUUUUAG